GUAGGUGACAGCUACUGCACGUUUACCACUGCUGCAGCGGCUCGGUGGUUCCUCUACUAUCGAUAUUGAUACUUCAAUUGAUAUUGAUAUCGAUUCGGUGCCAAAUAUCGAGAGCACCGGCGCUGCUUCUUUCGCGCUUCCCCCACCUACUCAUUGAAUAUCAGCGUUGACUGUUAACCGGCGCCCAUCAUGUCGUUCUUAUUCUCCACUCCUGUCGAUAUCGACAUUGUCCUCGAGGACUCCGAUGAGCGGUCCAUGGUCGAUGUAAAGCUUGAUAAGAACCGCCGCGAGAAAGCACCAUUGUAUCUAGAUGGCGAGUCUGUCAAGGGUGCCGUCACUAUCCGGCCCAAGGACGGCAAGCGUCUCGAGCAUACCGGUAUUAAGGUGCAAUUCAUUGGAACAAUAGAAAUGUUCUAUGACCGUGGAAAUCACUACGAAUUUCUCUCCCUGGGCCAAGAAUUGGCUGCUCCCGGAGAGCUCCAACAUCCACAGACUUUUGACUUUAACUUUAAAAAUGUCGAGAAGCAAUACGAGUCAUAUAAUGGCAUCAAUGUCAAACUGCGGUACUUUAUCCGCGUAACGGUAUCGCGCCGCAUGGCCGACGUCAUUCGCGAAAAGGACAUUUGGGUGUACUCAUACAGCAUCCCGCCCGAAAACAACACCUCGAUAAAAAUGGACGUUGGUAUCGAGGACUGUCUGCAUAUUGAGUUUGAAUAUUCAAAGUCCAAGUAUCACCUCAAGGACGUUAUCGUAGGACGAAUCUAUUUCCUCCUCGUGCGCCUCAAGAUUAAGCAUAUGGAGCUGUCGAUUAUACGACGGGAAACGACGGGUGUUGCACCAAAUCAGUACAACGAGAGCGAAACACUGGUCAGAUUCGAGAUUAUGGAUGGAUCCCCAUCACGAGGCGAGACAAUCCCGAUCCGUCUCUUCCUCGGCGGCUUCGACUUGACUCCAACCUUCCGUGAGGUCAACAAGAAAUACUCGACGCGGUAUUACCUGAGUCUCGUGCUCAUUGAUGAGGAUGCUCGGAGAUACUUUAAGCAGUCCGAGAUUGUACUCUACCGACAACCCCCAGAGUUUCUAGCCGCCCCGCAACAGACGCCAUUCAUUGGACCUGCAUAAGAGCCAGCUUCGACUUCACGAACCAUCCUUAUUUUACGGC